AUGACCAUAAUAGGAUUAGCCUUCUUCAAAGAACUCUCUUAUAAACCGAAGUACCGAAAACCAUCUUCAUCGUUUAAAGCUUUGGAAGAAUUUAUCUUUCUUGUUGACUCGAAGAGAAAGAAACUUCUUGUCUCAGUUGCACUUGUGCACGUUUCAAAUAAAUUACUUUCGAUAUGUUUCUCUGUACGAUAUCAGAACCUUUUUCUUAUGAUGAAAUUGAAGACUUCAUGCAUGAUUUAUGGAUGGGCUUUAAUACCUUCAACGACGGAGGUUAUCACAAGUCACCCAUGUGUUCAACUUUCCGCCUGUAAAGCUUUUUGA